AUGAGUACAGUUUCAGAAUCUUUGGUCGGAAGUAGCCGAUCUCUGUCUGCAGCCAAAAGACACAAGGGUGUCAGGAAGAAUUCCAGGAGGAUUUAUUCAGCCUUCCAGGAUCAUGACCAGGGGUCCUCUAAUGAAGAAGACAAAGUGGAUGAAAGGGUGGACAGUGAUGACCCAGAGGAGAUGUUCCAGAACAUUCAGUACCAGAAAGAGAUCAUUGCCAAUAUUCGGACAAGACCCUGGCCAAUGAGACGCAAGCUCAAAGUCUUGAAAAAUGCCAGGGAGAUAGUACUCAAGUAUGAGGGACGCUUAACAAGAACCAGAGGCUAUCAAACAGCAGGCGCUGAUAUGCUGAAGAAAUUAUCCCGAGUGCUUUAUAACAUUGUCGUUGUGUUUAUUCCAUGGGAAGUGAGGAUUAAGAAAAUUGAAAGUCAUUUUGGAUCAGGUGUGGCUUCCUACUUCAUAUUCCUUCGCUGGUUAUUUGGGAUCAACAUUGUUCUCACCAUUAUGACUGGAGCGUUUAUUGUGUUACCGGAGCUGCUUGCCGGAGCCCCUUUUGGAACAACGAGGAGUAAAACUAUUCCCAAGGAGCACUUGCCUUCUGCUCAAGACCUGGACACCAUCUGGUCCCUUGGGGGUUACUUGCAAUACUCCGUGUUAUUUUACGGCUAUUACGGGAGGGUGAGGAAAAUUGGCAGCGCAGGAUACCGGUUGCCCCUUGCUUACUUUUUGGUUGGGAUGGCUGUCUUCGCCUACAGUUUCAUCAUCCUGUUGAGAAAAAUGGCCAAGAAUUCACGACUUAGUCUAGCCAGUGCCUCGGACGAGAACUUCACAUUCUGCUGGAGAGUGUUUUGUGCUUGGGAUUACUUGAUUGGAAAUCCAGAAGCUGCAGAGAGCAAAGGAGCGGCCAUUGUCAACAACAUCAGGGAAGCCAUUGUUGAAGAACAGGAAAAGAAGAAAGAUACAAGUCUGGCUGUUCUGAUUAGCCUGCGCUUAUUAGCCAAUAUCCUAGUGCUGAUGUCUCUAGCUGGCAGCAUCUAUAUCAUCUACUUUGUCGUGGACCGUUCACAAAAAUUGGAGCAGGAGAAACCGGAGCUGACGCUGUGGGAAAAGAAUGAGGUGAGUGUUGUGGUUUCUCUCAUCACCAUGAUUGCUCCAUCUGCCUUUGAGCUCGUAGCUCAGUUGGAGAUGUACCAUCCAAGGACAUCCCUGCGUUUCCAACUGGCAAGAGUGCUUGUCUUAUAUCUUGGGAAUCUCUACAGUCUGAUAAUUGCCCUCCUAGAUAAGGUCAACAGUAUGAGCUCCGCAAUUCCAGUGAAUCCAGCAAACUGGUCUGACACCAACUCCUAUUUGGCAACUAUAGCACAACCUGGUGCAUUGAGUCUUUCUACGCUGAUGUCAGAGAUCUCGAAUCGCAACAGUACCGUAGCCACCAUCGCCACGGUAAUGGACGUGACCAACCGAAGCAGGGGAAGCUCUGAGACCUUUUCCAACCAGACAGCUCAGUUUGAAAAGAACACACGCUCUCAGCAGGACCAGUGCUGGGAAACCUACGUUGGGCAGGAGAUGCUGAAGCUUUCCAUCAUUGAUAUGAUCUUUACCGUGGCCAGCAUUCUGCUCAUUGAUUUCAUCAGAGGUUUGGUUGUUCGCUACCUCAGUGACUGCUGUUGCUGGGAUUUGGAAAGCAAGUUUCCUGAAUACGGGGAAUUCAAAAUAGCAGAGAAUGUCCUGCACUUGAUUUAUAACCAAGGGAUGAUCUGGAUGGGAGCUUUUUUCUCCCCUUGUCUUCCUGCCUUUAAUGUGUUGAAGCUGAUUGGUCUGAUGUAUCUCAGGAGCUGGGCUGUUCUCACUUGUAAUGUUCCCCAUCAACAGGUCUUCAAAGCAUCCAGAUCAAAUAAUUUCUACUUGGCCAUGCUGCUUUUUAUGCUCUUUCUGUGUAUGCUACCCACCAUAUUUGCCAUUGUAAGAUACCGACCAUCACAGCACUGUGGACCAUUUAGUGGUCAAGAAAAAAUCUAUGACAUAAUAUCUGAAACAGUGGCCAGCGACUUUCCCCAGUGGUUCAGUAAAGUGAUGAGUUAUGUCACCAGCCCUGUUGUAGUGUUACCAGCACUACUACUUUUGUUCAUGCUGAUAUACUAUCUUCAGGCCAUUGCCAGAUCUUUAAAAUUCACCAACAACCAGCUGAUGAUGCAACUUCAGACAGAGCGCACUGAUGAUAAAAAGAAAGUCUUCCAGAUGGCUGCAGCAAGGCUUCAGGCACCCGGAGAGGAAGAUGGGAAUCAAAAGCCAGACGAGCAGGAGACUGACAUCACCAGCCAAGAUCCCUCCAUCCAAACUCCCUCCCCACAACGGAACGGCAGCGUAACAAAUUUCCCUACUCCCGGGCAUCGAAAUAACAGCAUUCGUACAAUUGCUCAAUCUGCAUCUCAGGGAGAGCUAAACAGAGCUGUGGCCGGAUCGUCCAGAAGUCCUGCUGCACUCCCCAAACAAAGGCUGGACCAUGUACCUAACAGGCAUACAUCAUUUCUAGGAGGCCCAAGUGGUUCCUGCCGUUCUAAGUCUUACUACAAGAAGGCAUACAACCACCCGGCUGGAAAUUCUGACAACAUUCACUCUGACCCCCUGUACAGGAAGUCUGUACGCGCUAUACAUCCUGUUGAGCCAGCUGGGAUCAUUUCUGCAAAGAGCUACGGGGGUCGCCGUGGUCACGCAACCCGCUACGUGAUUGUCAAUGAACAUGAACCUAGGAAGAAGCUGCUUCGCUCUGCCACUCGUAUCCCGUGUCAUUAUUUAAUGGAAGAGCCAUCAGAGAUUUUGGAGCUCUACCCAUGCAACAUCAAACGCCUUACCACUCGUACACCACACCACCAACAGCACCCGCACAGAUCACACCUGUCCCAACAGAAUCUCAACGAAGAGGAGGAGGAAAACGAGGGAAAACGGCGAAGAAGGCUGAUGUUAGAGACGGCUCAUCGACCCUGUUCUCUCUCUGACCUCCAUCGGCCGGCACAGUUCUACAUCGGCGAUCGAGUAGAGAGCCACGUGUCCGUUACUAAAGAGAGACACGGAGGUAGAGGGUGGUACAGAGAUCAGGAUGAAGAUGACGAUGAAGAAGGUGACCUCGGAUGGAGCGGUUUGAAUUCACACUCCCGGUCUCAGGACAGUUUAAGAGGAGCAGAGCCUCGACUGGUCCGAACCAGGCGCUAUGCAAAUUCUCCAGGAAGACAAGGUCAGUCCCCGACCAGGAUCAGGCACACAGAAGCCCACGUAAAAUCAAAUUCAGGACCAAACUUAGAGCCCCCUCUGACUGAAUCCGACUCUACCUCCCUGGCCUCAAGUAGUGAUCAGCAGAACAGUGGUACAGACCAAUAUAUUCAGGUCAUCCACAACAAGGAGCGUUAUCUCAAGUCUGAUACAAGGCAAGUGAAACUACCCAAAAAGAGGUUUAAGCAAACCAUAGAUUUAAAUUCCCUUGAGUCAAAUGAUCUGGUUUGCUCCAACGUAUGA